UGUAUAACUAUAAAAUUAUCCCAUCGGUAUUCUUUUUCGAUUUUCUAAGCAUUCUCUCUCCGCUUUUCCUCUACUGUUCUCUCCCUCCUCUUUUUCGUCUCUCCACCCAACCGGCAAACCUCCCUUUCUCGCCGGGAAACUGCCUCCCCUCCGGCGAAUGUGCUCCCCCUGCCGCCGGAAAACCGCUCGGCCUUCCUUCCGCUGCUUUCGCGGGGCUCGCUCCUCGAUUUCUCCCCGCCUGGUGGAGGUGCUCGCCGGAUCUCCAGCUCUGAGUCCGUGGGGCCGCGUCCGUGCCUCUGUCCGGAUAAUGUGGUGAGGUUGCGUGCUCUUGAAGGCGAGCACUUGAUUCUCCGUGCCGAGGAUCGUAAUCUAGGGUUUGUUCGUUGCGUCCAGAUUCCAUUGCUCUCUUUAGCUGCUUUCUCGGCGAGGCGGGGGAAAAACGGAGGCCUACAGAGACCGGCUUCGGAAUGAGAUGGUGGAAAGAAGGGCUUCUUUGUCUAAAGAUGUUAGAAAUGGUUUAGAGUUUCUGAAGCGUAAAAGGCUCAAGCGGAUGAAAACAGAGACUGUCAUGGAGACCGCUGGUGUCUUUAACAUGAUGGCUAGAAGUGGAGGAGAUGCUUUAAGAUCUUCUGCAGCUUGUGGUGUGAGAAUACAUAGUAAUAGCAAUUUUUUGCCCCAGCCAAAUCAUGGUGUAUUUGCUGGCAGUGAUGUUUUUCUGAAGCGGAAAGUGGAUAAGUUUCAUGUUGAUGAUUUGGAUUGGACUGAAAUGAUUCCAGAGUGUCCUGUUUACCAUCCAUCAAAGGAGGAGUUUGAUGAUCCUUUGGUCUAUUUGCAAAAGAUAGCUCCAGAAGCUUCUAGAUACGGUAUAUGCAAGAUCGUGUCUCCCCUGAGUGCAUCUGUUCCUGCUGGAGUUGUGUUGAUAAAAGAGAAACCAGGGUUCAAGUUCACCACGAGAGUUCAGCCUCUCCGACUUGCUGAAUGGGAUUCUGAGGACAGAGUCACAUUUUUCAUGAGUGGAAGGAAUUAUACUUUUCGUGAUUUUGAGAAAAUGGCGAACAAGGUUUUUGCUCGUAGAUAUCACAGUGUUGGAUGUCUUCCAGCAUCAUACAUGGAAAAAGAAUUUUGGCAUGAGAUUGCUAGUGGGAAGACAGAAAGUGUUGAAUAUGCCUGUGAUGUUGAUGGCAGUGCCUUUUCAUCUUCGCCCUCUGAUCCACUUGGGAAUAGCAAAUGUAAUUUGAAGAAUCUUUCGCGGUUGCCCAAGUCCAUUCUGCGCCUUCUUGAGACAGCAAUUCCGGGAGUAACUGACCCCAUGCUUUACAUUGGAAUGCUGUUCAGUAUGUUUGCCUGGCAUGUGGAGGAUCACUACUUGUAUAGUAUCAAUUAUCACCAUUGUGGAGCUUUUAAAACUUGGUACGGCGUCCCUGGUCAUGCAGCUCUUGAUUUUGAGAAGGUUGCCAGAGAACACGUGUAUACUACUGAUAUCCUAUCUAGUGAGGGGGAAGAUGGAGCCUUUGAUGUACUACUGGGAAAGACAACUCUCUUUCCUCCGAACAUCUUAUUAGAACAUAAUGUCCCAGUUUACAAGGCAGUUCAGAAGCCUGGGGAGUUUGUUGUCACUUUCCCAAGAGCAUAUCACGCAGGAUUCAGUCAUGGUUUUAAUUGUGGGGAGGCAGUGAAUUUUGCUCUUGGUGAUUGGUUCCCUCUUGGGGCUGUAGCUAGUAGGCGCUAUGCGCUCCUUAAUAGGGUUCCCUUGCUUCCUCAUGAAGAGCUCCUGUGCAAAGAGGCGAUGUUGCUCUCUACGGUCUUACCAUAUGAAGAUUUAGAAUUUCAAUUGAUCGAAUCAUGCUUGCAGAAAAUUUGCAAAUAUAGCUCUGGGAAGCAUUCUGAAGAUGUAGCUCGCAAUGCUUAUGAAUCAUCUGCUUGCUCCUUGUCUGGUGAUGAAUACCUGAAUAACCAUGGAGUGACCAUCAGUGGAUCCGAUAGCAGGCACGUGGUAGAUCAGUACUGUGAUGAGUCUGACUCAGAAGAGAUAUUCUGGGUUAAACGCCGGUCCUCGAUAAAAGCUGAGAAACGGAUUGUGAAGCAUUCGGUGCUUACGAAGCAACUUGAACACCAGGGAUUAAAGAGACUGAAGAAGCAGCAGUCUGAGGAUCGCGGAUCUGAUGAGUCCAGGUAUGGUUUUGGUGGCCUGCAUCGUCAAAAAGGUAUUCCAGAAAGUGGUUCAAGGGACAGAUUUCUGAAAGGAACUCCUCCGACUUCCAUUUCCGUCAAGGACAAGAAAGCUAAUGAGGAACUAACGGGUAAGAGUGAUCAGCGUCACCGAUUCCAAUCGAAGGAUGGCUACCGAAAUGGGCUGGGAAGGACAACGAGGGAACCUCCCCCUCUAGAGAUCGGCCCAAAGCGCCUUAAGGUCCGAGGCCUAUCCUCUUCAGGAUUCGAGAGCAGGUUGAUAUAACAAGUAGGAGUUUAGCAGACUGUACAGAAUGAGGGAAGACAAAUGGGGUCCAGCCUUCAACAGCCUGACUUGCUAAUCGUAACAAUCUGCCUCUACGAUGGGGUUCAACUUAUUCUCCUCUAACUACAGUUGGAAAUUAGACUGAUUCACUGGGCGCGGCAGCUGAAAAUAUUAACAUCAGUUUUUAGGACAGGGAUUCGAGAUUCUUUGUGCGCACGACCCCCACAGAAGAAGAAAUCGGGGAAGAGCGCACCCUGUGGAUGGGACGAUAUUCUUGGGGUUUCA